UGUUAAAAAAAUAAUUUCCAUGUAGAAGGAAUUUGUCUCCGGAGUUCAGUAUGUACUAAUGCAACUGUUUUGUUCACAGAAGUAACACAUUAGAAAAAGGUGACAACAUGGCAGUGGCACAGAAGCAACGAACCUCUUUGAGUGCAGUGAUAUUCCCUAACAAGAUAUCAACUGAGCAGCAAUCCCUGGUAUUAGUGAAAAGACUGCUGGCAAUAGCUGUAUCCUGCAUUACUUAUCUGAGAGGGAUCUUUCCAGAAGGUGCCUAUGGAACAAGAUAUCUGGAUGACCUCUGUGUGAAAAUACUAAGGGAGGACAAAAACUGUCCAAGCUCUAGUCAGCUAGUGAAAUGGAUGUUAGGAUGCUAUGACGCACUGCAGAAAAGAUAUCUCAGGUUGAUCGUCCUAGCAGUCUACACCAAUCCGGAGGAUCCUCAGACAAUUACAGAAUGCUACCAGUUUAAGUUCAAAUACACCGACAAAGGACCAGAGAUGGAUUUUGUAAGUAAACACCACGGGGACAAUUCCAGCAUCACCUGUGCAGAUACCAAGAAAGCAAGCAUCCUGCUGCUACGGAAGAUUUAUGUUCUGAUGCAAAACUUGGGUCCUCUGCCCGACAAUGUCUGCCUAACAAUGAAACUCUUCUAUUACGAUGAAGUUACCCCGUCUGACUAUCAGCCACCUGGUUUCAAAGAAGGUGAUUGUGAAGAGAUGGUAUUUGAAGGGGAGCCUGUAUAUCUAAAUAUGGGUGAGGUCCCCACACCUUUUCAUACGCUGAAAGUUAAAAUGACAACAGAGAAGGACCGGAUGGAGCAUGUUGACAGGGCCAUACUAAAGUCAAGUGAUUUGUUGGUACCUCCAAAAGCACAGCGAUUUGAUGGACCGGCCCUGAAAACAGAUGAGGAUUUUAUUAUAGAAAAUAAAACGAGGGAGCAGAAAAAUGAAGAGGCUUUGCACAUCAGAGAACUGAAUUUAAGAUGUGAAGAAGAUAACAUUAUGAAAAUAGAAGAAAGCCAGAAUUUGUCUAUCGAUAGUUCUCAGGUAGAACGUCUAGUAAACAGUACUUCACAACUAGAAGUAUCUGAGGGCAGGACUCGAAGUGGAAGGAUAUUUCAACGCAAUGAAGUCUAUCAUUUUGAACUCUCUUCUAGUCAAGAUUCAGGUCCUAAGCGGAGAAGAUUUAGUGAACCCAAGGAGCAGUUUUAGAUGGUAGCUUCUUGAUGUGUUGUUUCCACUUUGUUCUAGAAUGUUUUGUCAAACUGUGACAACUCUUUUGACAUUUUGAAAAGAAUAAUUAUUUUGAAUAAUUAUUUGAAAAGAAUAAUUAUUUUAAACUCCUGGGUAAGGUUCUCAAAUAUUCCUCGGUGUCUUUCAAAAUUACAGACUUUGAAUUCAGAGGCCUGCAAAACUCAAAUCAAGGAAGACCCAGGUUUCAUUUAUAUCAGCCUGUCUGGGGGGGAAGUAAGCUGCUGUAAAUUAACUGCUGCUUGGAUCUGCCUCAUUGUUGCCCUCAGCCGCUACACACACAGUACAUCCAAGCUGGGGGUCAAUUGUACGUGACACCAGGCACACGGGUGCCAUGUGAUUAAAUUCCACUUGCAUACCCAGCAUUACCUUUCAAUCAGCCCUGGGCGCCUUCAUUGCUGAGAACAAACUAUGUCACCUUACUUCAAAGCCACCCAGUGACUGAUUGGAACAUAAAAGCCACAUUUUUAGUAGAACGGCAUGUCCAAGAAGUGAAUUUAGAAAAGAUUGUAUCUUAAAUUUUAUAUCCUGGCUUUUCCUUGCUGCUGGAAGAAACUUAGGAUUAUUUGACCACUCUCUCAAUUUUCACUAAUGGCUGCUAACUGACAGAACUGAAAAUGGGGGUGGGUGGGGGCAGAAUAGCCAGUGGAUUCUAAGCAAGGGUCCAAUGCAGAUAAAUUAAUUACACCUACAUCCUGAUGAACUGGAAAUCGCAACUCUCCAGUUGCACUGAUUUCAAUAGUACUGAGGCACAAUGUACAUUCCUCAGACUAAUUCGUAAAACUCUGAUUGUCUUGGUUUUCUUUAUUUGGAGCAAAAAAAAAAAAGUUAACAAUUUUCCUGUAUAAUUCCGGAAACAUAAUGGAAGUAUUAUUUUGACUUAAGAACUUAUUGAUUUGCAAUGAAAUGUUUAUAGAGCUCUGCAAAUGCAGGUGCUUUCUGUUUGAGACCUUCCAGUUUUACAGCCGCAAUAAAACAUUUACAAUUUGAA